CGCUGUGCAUCGAGUCCGCGUUCUAGGGCCUUGCAUCGCGUCCCCUUCGUCCAUGCGAAUGGGAGAGCGGGUAUACGAAUUUGUGAGAAGAGACACAACAGAAAACUUAAAGCCCCAUACAUCCAACCCUUUUGGCAUAGUCUUUCCAAGGUGAAAACCAGUUUGGGUAGUCAGGUGGCAGCGGCAUGGCUACAGACUGGGUCACGGAGAGCUCGGACUCGCUGUUGCACUUCGCCGACCUGAUACUCUCCUCCGUCCCUGUGCGGCACCACCGGGCGGCGCUGCUCGACAAGGUGCAAGACCAGAUGCGCCAAUAUGCGCGCCUCGAGGCUGAGGCCGAACAGGCCGCGCUCGCACUGUCCGAGGUCAAGGACGAGGCCGUGUCGUCCAUCAGCGAGGGCAGCGAGGUGAACAUCGAGGAGCUGGCUGAGCGCGUUAAGUGCCUUACCGAUAGAUAUAUGCAAGAUAAAUUGGCGGCGAUGGGAGACCUGAACGCCCACGACAAGUGCCUGCGGCUCGCGCGCAUGGUGGAUGCCGCUACGCCGGCCGCCGCCGGCGCCGAUGAGGAGCUAGUGGUGACCGGAAUGCAGACUGCCACGAGGGACCCCUGGUCGAAGCAGGAGAUCCGCCGCCCGUACCGCAACCGCCGGUGCGACCACGUGUACGAUCAUGAAUCACUGGAGCGCCUGCUGGGCGAAAAGGCAUGUUCCAUCAAGUGCCCAUACAUGGGCUGCACGAACAAGAGGCCGCUUACGUGGGACGACAUGAUGGAGGAUCCGGUGGCCAAACGUGCAUGUUAAUUAAGAUCACGGCGCCAGUGUGCAGUCGUUCAGCAUUUUCAUGAGUGACGUUACGUGAUCAUCCUGCACCGCUUUGUAAGAUAGCUGUGGGCGCAGCUUCGAUUUCGUAAGCAAAUGGGAUUACAUUGAGUGUUCCGCAAUCCUCUCCAAUCCCAGACAGAUACAGUAAUUGUUAAAUGGUCGGAAUUUCCGGGACGAAAAACGUUUGGAUAUCGACAAAAGGGGAUGGGCCAUUACGUAUAAGAAACCUAUCUGUCUGCGGGGAUGACUUGGGGACGAAAGUCCUUGCUAUGCAUAGCUUGCUGCAAAGACGGAAUCAUUCCAUCCCGUAGCGCUAUUUCAGUUCAACAGGCGUUUUCUGCUGGCGGAUUUUAUGAGCAUGCUUAGUUGUGUCGAGCCGUGGCCGUUCCCACUUCAGCCUGCCUAUUUCUGCCAAUCGCCAGUCGACGACCCCUAGCUUGUUUUUCGUUGUUUUUGUUUGUUUGUUUGUGUUUUGCUCGAAUCAGGGUUAAGAAUUCGCUGCAACUGGGGGGGGGGG